UUAUGAUGAUUGAGGUGGCCCCUAAUUAGUGGGAGAUACUAAUGAUAGUAGUCCCAUCAAUACCUGCUCGGCCGGCUAACGUCGCCAUGCUCACACUCUGGCAUUUCAUGCUCAUGCAAAGUGAGGUUACAACCACACCUCUUAAUUAUCACCUCAACCUGAUCUAGCUACUAAGAAACUACAGAAUAAAGACAAUGAAAUUGUUGAUCAUUUUGGCUUGCUUCUUAUUCCAAGACCUUACAGCAGAAUGUUGCAGCAGCAAGGAAGGCUACUGGUGCAAUACAACUCUGCACAGACUGGAGCUGGGGGGAGAGCUGGCCUGCUCUAAUGGAGGUCCUCUAGUGGAGUUAACCAGGAGAGUGUUCAACGCAUGGAGUGUGAGGUGUGCAGACUCUCAUUCCAAUUUCAUCCUCUCUCCAUUCUCAAACACGACCGUUAUGGAGUGGAUUCAAUCCUCAAACGCCUCAUAUGCUGACCCAGCAAAUAUUGGCGGUGCAGUGCUUCAUGAGAGCCUAACCUCACUGCACUGUCCAGCGAAUAGCUUCCUUACUGGACUCAAAAUGACCCAGGAUGGAGUGCUAUUGGUAGCGUGCAAUGUUCUGGCCCGGGGCUAUCAGCUGGACACUGACGAGUGUUCCCUCCAACCCAUACCCUCCCCCCACACCAACCAAUCACUCACUGCAACUAGACCACUACUCUUCACCUCACUCCACCAAACACAGAGAGCCGAGUGGGAAGCAUAUCUCUGUACCAUGCACAGAGUUCGCUGUGAGGCCCCGGUGAUACAUCAAGGCAAGACGUCAGUGGAUCGCGAGUCGGAGGUGCAUGUCGGGUCACUCUCCUCAGGUAUCUUCCUCUACCCAGGAGAGAACAUCACAGUCACCUGUAAUAGAGGUUUAUACCUGAAGAAAGGCCUCUCCAGUACACACUGUCAGGCUAAUGGAUCCUGGAGCAUGCUACCUGUGUGCAAACGUUGUCGACCUAUCAAGAAUUGCAGAAUUAAUUCCUGUACAAAGCGAGCUAACACUGUCUGCCUGAAAUGUCUUGACUCACACCAACCCAGUGCUUCAGGGGAGGAAUGCUACUUCGGACCCUCUUUGUUCGUAUCCCCUGUCGUAUGGAAUGGGAACAGAGCCACAAUCUCAUGUGGAGCAACGGGAAGUCCCAUUCCUGUACUAAGGUUUUUCUUAAAUCACACGGAGGAACUAAACUCAAUCAGUACUAUGAUCGACGAGACUACACGUACUUUGAACCUUACCACUGAGGUGAUGGGAGUGUACAGAUGCGUGGCCAGCAAUGUGGUAGGCAACAAGACAUGGUUAUUCACAGUAGGCUCGAGUAUUGUAUAUAGUGCCCCAGUCAUCGUGGCUCACGAGGUCAAAGGUGUUCCUUCUCGGUCGUAUUUUAUUUGUCCAAUACCACUGAACGAUGAUUCCCUAUUCCCCUGCAAUACACGAGGGAAUCCAGUCCCAAUCCACUCCUGGUGGUACAAGACAAACGGCACCUUCGUACCAAUCUCCCUGAUUGAUGGUGGACGGUGGCACCAGUAUUCCAAUGGAUCCCUCCUAAUAAGAAGAGUCCAACCUUCAGACAAAGGGGAAUAUAAGUGCAUCGCUAGAAACACGCUAGGGAUCGCUCAGCAAACAUACCAUAUCAAUGUGUGGGACCCACGGACAGGCCAUCACUACGUGGGUGGUAGCCUUCCCAAAGACCCAGUGAUCGUCAAUUGGACCACCAACUACACGGUCGCCGCCCACCACCCCCUCACAAUGUACUGUAACAUCACGCCCUCACACAACCUAACAGUCACAUGGUUAAAAGGUCAACAAUAUAUCGACCCGGCUCUCGUUAACGAUGAGGGGGAGCUCUACCUAGCAACCGUCUCUCAUAACGACACGGGUGUGUACGGCUGUGCUGUUUUUGAUCUUCAAGGAGAACUGUUGGAUUACAAAGGGACCGUCGUGUUUGUGUUCGAUUCUCCUCAAGUGAACACCUCCACUCUUAGUACAACUGCCGUAUUGUAUACGAUGUCACGAACCUCCACUAGCCAAUCAGAAUCCACGGCGUACACAAUGGACCAAUCAGAUUCAUCUACAAGUAACUGUAACUUAACCAGCUGGAUACUGAUCGCAACAUUCUGCACAUUGUUGUACAAUUAUCUCUGAUUACAUUUUAUGUACUUCUUGUCAUCUUUUACUGCCGUUUGUUUUGAAAGCACGCACAAUAAAACUUGUAUGUCUUCCGUUUGAGAUAUGUAUAGUUUCACCAUGGUUUUUAUGGUUUCACGCUAAAGUGUUUGGAAUGUCAUUCCAGUGUUUGUGUUGUGAAGACAGUGACUGGCUGCUGCACAGUAUAAGGGCUUGUGUCUAAUGAUCAUACUAUAGAUGCCUAUAGAGUUACUAGCUAACCCGCUGCUCUGCUUGUGUUAGCUCUGCUUGUGUUAGCUCUGCUUGUGUUAGCGUGUUAGCUCUGCUCUGCUUGUUAGGACCAAGUAGCUCAGAUAGAUAGAACCACCUCUGAGGCCUAUAGUGUACUAUAGUGUGCUGUGAUAAAAGAUAAAAGAGGCAAAUUUAAUUGUUUAUUGAAUUAUAUCAAGAUUAGAUUUUGCUACUUUGAGAUGGCUGAGUGUUCUGAUUGGUCCUUUUCUGGUGAGUAUCCCAUGGCAACUACUGACGAGUAUCCCAUGGCAACUACUGUGGACAUUGAACAAUUAGAUUUCCUGAUGCAAGGCUACCUACACAUUACCGAGGAGAAGACUGACCACACCCCAUUUGGGAUCUACCUGAGUCCGUCCAAUGGGACUCCAGGAAAAGCUGCUCACAUGUCACUUGUGAAACGAACGUCAGAUUCUUCUAUUAAGGGUAGUUGGAAGCAUCGCUGGUGUGUCCUCUCUCGUACUCCUGAUGGUGUUCACCUUGUCUACUACAAGCAUCAAUCAAGCUACGCCAACUGCGAGCCCCCAGUGGGUGUGGUCUUCAUGGAGAGUAGCCAAUCACUGUACACCAUUCCCUCUCAUUCCAAAUCCAAGAACAUCUUCUCCGUCUCCUUCCCAAACAGGAACAUCCUACUCUAUCCUGACAAGGAAAGUGAACUAGAGAAAUGGCUGGAGGCCUUCCAGACAGCACUCAACCUGCACGACGCCUCCAUGCAUUCGCCACUGAAAGGUCUGCCUAAGGCAAAAGCCAACAGAAAAGAUUCCGUCUCCCUCCGCCCUCACGAGCAAGGAAUGAUGUACAGUAACCAAGGACACUCAAAACGAGCCACAAAUGAAGUGCCUCUGGACAGCCCUGAUUUGGGAGGUCCCGUUGUUGACUCGACUGUAAAGGUCGUGUCGUAUCGGCCAUUAUCGGAUGAUGAGGUAGCAACCAACACGUUGAAGAGAGCCUCCCUGGCACGUUCUGAUUCCAUACCACAUACUCGCGAUCAUUGUGAUUCCAGACCAGUAGUAUUGGAACUGGACAGUGAAGAAAGCUCAAUACAAAUUGUCGGCUUCAAGACAUUACUGUGAACUCUGAAAUAUUAUAAGUGACUACUAAAGACAGUAAUUAAAUCAAGUUUCAUGAUCAGAUCAACAUCAGUAAUCUUUUAUAUCAUUAUUAUGCCUCGGUGCACAUAAUUAUGGUUUCCUAGCAACAAGGAACACACAGUAGCAGCAUAGUAUAUAAAGUUAGAGUUUUGUUAUGUUUGGCUUUG